UUCUAUUCCAAUAAAUACAUACAAACCUCUUCUUUUCUUUCUUUACGUUUCACUCGACACACUCCAUUAUUCAUCUACUCUCUACUAUGAAUCCCAUUUCGAGACCGGUUUUUCUUCUCUUCUCUUUAUUAUUAUUAUUAUGUUCUUCGCUUAUGCUCUUUCCUACCACCAAUGGGUCUCGAUUGUUUCCCGAGAAAAUCACUUACCGGGGCAGAGAGAUAACCGAUUCCGAAACGAUUCCCCUCCGUUUUUCGGAGGCUCCAGAGUACAGAAACGGAUUCCAUUGCCCAGUUCUGGAAAACGACGACGGGUCAAUGAAACUAUUAGCUUGUAACCCUUCGGCUAUUCACAUCGCAAUGACUCUCGAUUCAGAGUACUUGAGAGGCUCCAUUGCUUCGGUACAUUCCGUUCUCCUGCACGCUUCUUGCCCAGAAAAUAUUAUCUUUCACUUCGUUGCUUCUGAAUCUGAUUCCGUCGUCAAUACUCAGUUCCUCAAUCGGGUUCUUCAUCACACGUUUCCUUCUCUGCAAUUCAAGCUCUAUCUCUUCAAGGAAAGUGUAGUCGCUAAUCUGAUUUCGUCUUCGAUUCGCCAAGCUCUUAAUAAUCCAUUAAACUACGCGAGAAGCUACUUGGCCGAGUUGCUUGACCCAUGCGUUGAGCGAGUGAUCUAUUUGGACUCGGACACCAUUGUAGUGGACGACAUACAGAAGCUAUGGCAGGUUUCCUUAACUGGGUCACGGGUAAUCGGAGCUCCGGAAUACUGCCACGCCAACUUUCAGAGCUAUUUCUCGGCCGAGUUUUGGUCAGAUAUAGAGAUGGUUAGCGAAGCUUUUGAGGGUAAAAGUCCUUGUUAUUUCAAUACAGGUGUGAUGGUGAUGGACUUGGUGAAGUGGAGAGAGGGAGAUUACACGACUAAGAUCGAGAAUUGGAUGAAGAUUCAGAGAGAGAGAAGGAUUUACGAACUGGGUUCUCUUCCCCCAUUUUUGCUGGUGUUUGGAGGAGAGGUUGAAGGGAUUGAACAUCGGUGGAACCAACAUGGUCUCGGUGGGGACAAUGUGGUCAACAAUUGCAGGUCAUUGCACCCGGGUCCGGUGAGUUUGCUCCAUUGGAGUGGUAAGGGAAAGCCAUGGGUAAGGCUCGAAUCCAAGGUGCCUUGCCCAGUUGAUUAUCUUUGGAAGCCUUAUGAUCUUUACAAAUCAUACGACGAACAUGGUGAUCAAAAUCCAAAACAACAAAUUGACAGUUGAUGAGGGUCUUUUUUAAUUUAAUUUAUUUUUAUUUUUAAUUGAUUCAUUUUUUUAUAAAUAUUUAGAUGAUGAGUGUAUAUAUCAAGAUACAACUAUGUGAACAGUUUUUUGUAUUCACAUUAUGAUUUUCAAUUGAAAUCAAAACCACUUCAGUGGCUGACACACAGAUUUUGACACCCUGUGCAA